UCCGAUCCAAAUUAUGUCCGAACUAUGAAGGUCAAAUACCAUUCGAUUGCAUCAAAGUUGAAAAUUUUCACUUGGAGCUUUGGUCAGAACUGGUUAAAAUCGAAACUUCCAAUCCAUCUUGCACUUGCACCCACCCCCUGAGUAUAUGCUUCAACAAGAAUCACACAAGAGUAGAUUGAUAAAAUGGAAACCUCUGGUAAAAUGCCCAUUCGUAAAGUACUUUAUAUGCUGGAUUACAGGUGGACAUUUUACCAGAAAUUUUUAUUGUAUCAAUCUAUCCUUGUGUGAUUCCUGUUAAAACAUAUAUUUGGAGGUGGGUGUAGGGCAGACGAUUUCAAAGCAGACUCUGAUUCAUUAGAUAGAGAAGUUCUAAAUAAUCUAUCGGCUUGGACUUUCAAGCCCAACACCUAAUGUUGGUCCAACUCAAAUCACAAAUCUAGGCGGACGAAACUGCCCUGCAUUACAAAAGCCCUUCCGGUCAAACACGGUGGAUACUUCGGUUCAAAAUAAACCGGCGGCAGUGCUCGCUUUCCCUCCUCGGACCUCAGUUAAUGGCAAGCGCUCUUAGAAGACUUGCAGCUGCAUUCUGCUACUCGCCACAUCUCCAAUUCGUUCGAAGCUUCUCUCUGUUGCGCUUUGGAAAUAGUUACCGUUCCUUCGUGUCUUCGGCUUCGUCUGAGGACUGUGCUCCAACUAGUCAUCCAGAAUUCCAACAAUGGAAGAACGGAGGUGGGAUUUUCCACAAGUCUGCCUGCAUUGACCCAACAGUUUUCAUAGAGUUUGGUGCUGUUGUUCAUUCUAAAUCCGUUGUCGGCGAACAUGUUUGUAUUGCUUCUGGAGCUGUCGUUGGACCUUCGGUUACAGUUGGGCAAUCAACGAAAAUUGGCUACAAUGUUGCACUCAAUAAUUGCAGCAUAGGAGAUCCGUGCAUAAUCCACAAUGGCAUAUGCAUCGGUCAAGAUGGAUUUGGAUUUAUGGUGGAUGAGCAUGGGAAUAUGUUAAAGAGGCCUCAAAUGUUGAAUGCUAGUAUUGGAAACCACGUGGAGAUUGGUGCAAAUACGUGCGUUGACAGGGGCAGUUGGAGAGAUACCGUUGUAGGGGAUCAUUCAAAGAUAGACAAUUUAGUUCAGAUUGGUCAUAAUGUAGUUAUUGGGAACAAUUGCAUAGUUUGUGGACAAGUUGGGAUUGCAGGCUCAGUGACGAUAGGAGACUAUGUAACUAUGGGAGGGAGGGUAGCAGUUCGUGACCAUGUAUCCAUUAUAUCAAAGGUACGGCUUGCUGGUAUGAGCUGUGUCACGAAAGAUAUUACAGAACCUGGAGAUUACGGCGGCUUCCCUGCUACCCUCGUCAUUCUUCUUUCCUUCUCUUCUGCCCGGAAAGCAGCAACCCAAUGCUACAAGAACUAGAGAGAAAACUAGAAGAGCAAUGCCAACAUACCCGACAACAAUGAUAAUUGUAGAGAAGUGUUUCCUUCUUCCUGCAGUAAGAACAAUAAUAAUGUCAUGUUCAUUUUCACAUGCCUUCCACAUUCAUCAAAAC